AUGGUCGGCACGCCUGGUAUGUUUGGAGGGCGCAUGGGCGGCAUCUACCUUGGUCCUACCGCUACGGGGUCGCUCAUGAUGGGGCUACAGAACCACGACCGGGAUGAACAAGACCCACAGAGUCCUACCGCACACAUAGAAGAUCCCACCGAGCACUAUGCAGAGUAUGACAACGACUUCCUCAGCGAACUGCCUAACUUCGACACCAUGGACGCGCUGAUCGCGUAUUACUUCGACUACUGCAACUGGAUAUACCGGCAUAUUAACGAGAAGGCGUUUAUGGAGGGCUGGCAGCGGUUCAAGGAGUGGAAGUCCGGCGACCGGGUGGUGCUCGCGACGGCGUGCAUCAUCAUGUGCCUCGCCCUGCGCUACCUGCCGGUUGGGCACCCGUUGCUCGAGCGGAUGGGGUCCGCGUCGGUCGAGGAGCACAGCAACAAGUACCACACGCUCAUGCGCAACGUCCUGAAGCGCCACCGCGAGUCGGCAGAGAGCCUGACGCGCACGUACACGCUCCCGCUGGUAGAGCUCCUCCUUGCGCAGUCGCAAUACCUGACGUUCGCGAAGGAGGACCCGGAGGAGGUGUGGAAGCUCGCGGGCGAGCUGAUCGGCAUCGCGACCGCGAUGGGCCUCCACCGCGACCCGUGCAAACACAAGUUCGACCGGCUCGUCGCGGAGCGUCGCCGCUGGGCGUGGUGGCACAUAAUCCUGUUCGAGCGGUGGCAGGCAUUCAUGUUCGGCCGCCCGCUGCACGUCUCGUCGCAUCACUUUGAGACGGACCUGCCCACGGUGCGCGACCCCGACGUCGAGAAGACCGUCGGGCGGCUGUACCUCCCGAACGUCGCCCUCUUCAAGCUCGCGUUCAUCCUCGGCCAUAUCAUGGACGACGCGGUGUCGUUCAAGUCGAUACAGUAUACCUCCGUCCAGGAGAAGGACAAGAUGCUGAUAGACUGGUACGAUAACCUCCCGGCGGAGCUGAAGCUCGACGAGUACGCGCUGCGGGCGGGCCUCCUGAGCCAGGAGAAGGCGACGCGGCGGCUAGCGGUGCAGAGCCUCAUCGACCGGUGCGCGUACCUGCACAUCCGAUUUACGCUGCACCGGCCGUACAUUAAGGUGCAGGCGAGCCUCGACGCAGCGGUCGACGCGGCGUCGGAGCUGAUCACCCUCUCCACGCACGCGUACAGCGUGCAGAGCGUACCAGGGCACCUGAGCUGGUUCCCGUUCCACGUCUUCUCCGCGGCGAUGUUCUUCUCGUUCCAGCUGAUUACGAACCCGGACGUGCCGGGGAAAGACACGUUCCGCGAGCAGGUCCGCAAGACGAUGACGCUGCUGGAGCGCUGCCGCUGGCUACCCGUCGCGGAGAAGGCGCUGUCGAUCUUGCAGGCGCUCCAGCCGCUAUACUCGGAGGAGCUCGUGAAGCAGUCCGCGGAGCAGCGCGCGCAGAAGAAGGCGGAGGUGCUCAAGGUCGUGAAGACGCUCGCGUUCCCGUACCAGGACCCGCCCACGGCACGCGAGACGGACUUGCUGCGGGGACAGGCGUACCCGCUGACCUCGCACCUUGGGAACAGCCUGGCGUCUGCGGGGGUUCCGCAGCAGAGGAUGGAGGGGUGGCUUGCUCAGUCACAACGACAGGUCACGGCGAUGUCGACGUAUUCGCAACCCUCUAUGGCUGCGCGCCCCAUGCAGCAGCAGCUCGGGAUGCAAGCUGGGCCGUCUGCGGACCCACUCCCGUACUCGCAUGCUCAGGCGAUGCAGUCAUCACAGGGUCAGCCGAGCAAUGCGCUGCUCCAGACGGCGAGCAUGCUCGCGAUGCAGAGCGGGCAGAUGUCCGCACCGUCGUAUGCGCAGAUGAACAUGAACGGGUACGGGAUGGCGCCGCUGCCCUCGAUGGUGCCCCAACGCCCCAUGCAGCAGCAACAUCACACGCAGCCGCUGAAUUACGCGACGGGGACGAUGGACGGACAGAAUGGCCAGCUGUCGUAUACGCCGCCGGCGGACGAGAGCUCGAUGUGGGGCGCGUCUGUUGGGAUUGGGAUGACGGAGUGGGCGCAGUUCCUCGACGUGGUUGCGCGGCCGGAGGGGGAGCAGCAGGGCCAUUGA